CAGUUGUUUGAGAAUGCAAUGGAGUUAUCUUUCGUUGCUCCAAGGGUUUUAUCUUGUUUGAUUCUCUCUCUUAAACCCUAAAACAAAGGGUUGGUUGGUUCGUGAGUGUAUUGUUGAUUUUGAUUGAUGAUUAUGAAGAAGAGAGAGUUGAACCAUCUUCUCUCUCGUUCUCUGCAUUUUUUACACCCAAAACAACACUGCUCCAAUUCCUCACACCACCCUCUCCCAGGUCUUCUUCCCUCCGACGAUGAAACUUCUUCGAACGAUUCUUCCCUCCAGUUGUCGCAACACUACGCAUUCCUCCGCAACUCUUUGCUCAAUUCCUCCACCCACUCCGGUGACUCCUCUAACGACGCCGUAUCCAUGUCCAACGCAAUCAGAAACGGGUUUGGCUCCGAAACCCAAAAUUUCUUGAGGCAAUUUCGGGGUAAGCUAAGCGAGUCUCUGGUUGUUGAGGUGAUGAAUCUCGUUAAACACCCUGAGCUGUGCGUCGAGUUUUUUCUGUGGGCGAGUCGUCAAAUCGGUUACACCCACACUCCUGUGGUGUACAAUACACUGAUUGAGUUACUGUGUUGCAAUGACGUUAAUGAAAGAGUGUCCGACAUGUUUUUGAUGCAAAUUAGGGAUGACGAUAGGGUGCUGCUUCGGAAGUUGCUCAAUUUUCUCAUUCAAAAGUGUUGCAGGAAUGGGAUGUGGAAUGUGGCGUUGGAAGAGUUGGGGAGGCUUAAGGAUUUCGGGUUCAAGGCUUCUCCUACCACUUAUAAUGCUUUGAUUCAGGUUUUUCUUCGGGCUGAUAAGUUAGAUACUGCUUACUUGGUUCAGAAAGAGAUGUCCAACUCUGGGUUUUUCAUGGAUGGAUAUACUCUCAGUUGCUUUGCCUAUUCUCUCUGCAAAGCGGGGAGGUGUGGGGAUGCGCUGAGUUUGAUUGAGAAGGAGGAGUUUGUGCCUGACACAGUUUUUUAUAAUAGGAUGCUUUCCGGGUUGUGCGAAGCUUCGCGUUUUGAAGAAGCUAUGCAAAUCUUGGAUCGAAUGCGGUUGAAUUCCUGCAUUCCCAAUGUUGUCACAUAUAGAAUUUUGGUUUCUGGUUGUUUGAGGAAAGGGCAGCUGGGCAGGUGUAAGAGAAUUCUUAGCAUGAUGAUGACAGAAGGCUGUUAUCCUAAUCGGGAGAUGUUUAAUUCUCUUGUACAUGCUUAUUGUAAAUCCAGGGAUUACUCUUAUGCCUAUAAGUUGUUUAGGAAAAUGGAUAACUGUGGGUGCCAGCCCAGCUAUCUGCUUUAUAAUAUAUUCAUUGGUAGUAUAUGCAGCAACGAGGAGCUGCCCGACUCAGAUUUGCUGGAAUUGGCUGAAAAGGCUUACAGUGAAAUGUUAGAUUCAGGGGUGGUGUUAAAUAAGGUAAAUGUCAGCAAUUUUGCACGGUGUCUUUGUAGAGCUGGAAAGUUUGAUAAAGCCUUUAAGAUUAUAUGUGAAAUGAUGAGCAAGGGUUUCAUUCCUGAUGAUACUACAUAUUCUAAAGUGAUUGGUUUUCUUUGUGAUGCCUCCAAGGUAGAGAAGGCUUUUUUGUUGUUUGAAGAAAUGAAAAAGAAUGGCAUUGUUCCCAGUGUUUAUACUUAUACUAUUUUAAUUGAUAGCUUUUGCAAAGCUGGUCUUAUUCAACAGGCUCAGAAGUGGUUUGAUGAAAUGUUGAGAGACGGAUGCAUUCCGAAUGUAGUGACUUACACUGCUCUUAUUCAUGCAUAUCUGAAAGCAAGAAAGGUGCUUGAUGCAAAUAAACUAUUUCAGAUGAUGUUGGUGGAAGGUUGCAAGCCUAAUGUUGUUACGUAUACAGCUUUAAUUGAUGGUCAUUGUAAGGCUGGGCAGAUUGAUAAAGCUUGCCAGAUCUAUGCCAGAAUGCAAGGUGACAUGGAAUGCUCUGACAUGGACAUGUAUUUUAAGCUAGAUAACAAUGACCGUGAAACACCAAAUAUUAUUACAUAUGGGGCUUUGGUGGAUGGUUUAUGCAAAGCAAACAGGGUUAAAGAAGCCCGUGAAUUAUUGGAUACCAUGUCUAUUAAUGGUUGUGAACCUAACCAAAUAGUGUAUGAUGCUCUCAUAGAUGGGUUUUGCAAGACUGGAGAGCUUGAAAGUGCACGGGAGGUGUUUGUAAAGAUGUCAGAGCGUGGAUAUAGUCCGAAUUUAUACACUUACAGUUCUUUAAUUAAUAGUCUGUUUAAAGAGAAACGAUUGGAUCUUGUUUUGAAAGUGUUAUCCAAGAUGUUAGAAAAUUCUUGCACUCCAAAUGUUGUUAUUUACACAGAGAUGAUUGAUGGCCUCUGUAAAGUUGGAAAGACGGAUGAAGCAUACAAGCUCAUGCUUAAAAUGGAAGAAGUGGGUUGUUAUCCAAAUGUCGUAACUUAUACUGCAAUGAUUGAUGGCUUGGGGAAAUUGGGAAAAAUUGAACAGUGUCUUGAGCUAUAUACUCGUAUGUGCUCAAAGGGCUGUGCACCAAACUUUAUAACCUAUAGGGUCUUGAUAAAUCAUUGUUGUUCUGCUGGUGUUCUUGAUGAAGCACACAGACUUCUAGAUGAAAUGACACAAACGUAUUGGCCAAGGCAUUUGUCAAGUUACCGUAAAAUUAUUGAGGGCUUUAAUCGAGAGUUUGUAAUCUCAAUUGGGCUUUUAGAUGAGCUGAAUGAGAAUGAAUCAGCACCAGUGGAGUCUUUAUACAGAAUUUUGGUUGAUAGCUUUAUCAAGGCUGGAAGAUUGGAAGUUGCGCUGAGUCUACUUGAGGAGAUUUCAUCAUCUCCAAGCCUUGCAAUUGCCAACAAAUAUUUAUAUACUUCCUUAAUUGAGAGUCUGUCCCUUGCUAAUAAGGUUGAUAAGGCUUUUGAGCUUUAUGCAAGCAUGACAAAUAAGAGUGUUGUUCCAGAGCUUAGCACAUUUGUCUACCUCAUCAAAGGCCUUACCAGGGUUGGUAGGUGGCAAGAAGCUCUACAAUUAUCAGACAGCAUAUGCCAAAUGGAUAUUUGCUGGCUUCAUGAAGAGAUAACCGUUGUGGAUUAAAUUUCUGAUGUACAGAACUGCAGAUUGAAUGCGAGUUAUGUAACUGAAAGAAAAUGAAUACAGGUAGGAUACAAGAAAUGGUUAAUCUGAUGUGGGUUUUUGUGGAAACAUGGGCUUUUGAAGAAAUCACGUUCUUUGUCCUCAUGUCGUUACAUCAUGCCAGAGGUAAUGAUUUGAUGAUCUAUGAUCAAACAUACUAUUAAAUGCCAAGGUAUAUAAAAGUUAAAUGUCUAUCCUUGAUAUCUUUUGGAGCAAAUUACUUCUCAAUAAUGUUUUUGUUAUAUGGUACUAUUCUAUGAAGAGAGAGAAAUUAUAUCAAGUGUGGCAUACUUGCAUUAUAUAACCAAUAAACUGAGAUUGAUAUAAUGAUUUUUUAAUACAAUAAGCUGUCUGGCCUUUUUUGCAACGAAUGGAUAUGUUCACCUACAUAAAAAAAGGUUUUUCCUCCAAUCAUUUGUAAACAGAGGUUCAUUGGUGGUUUCUAGGAUCUAUUUGUGGUCAGUCAUUUGCAUGCCAGAUUCAUUUCUGACACAUGAAUAGACCAAUCUUUUUUGCUAUUUGUUUAGGGUUUAAUUUUUGGAGUUUUUGCUGUUUUAACAUUUCCUAAAUUGGGAAUUAUGUAAAAUCUGAGUACCGAGGAAUAGCAAGUCAUUUUUUAUUUUUGUUACAAUAGCCAUUCAUGUGCUAUUAUAUUAGCAAGUAUACUUAAUAUUUUUUGUUUUCUUUGUCAAACUAGUUAUGUUCUUGGUUCAGUUGUUAAAACUGGUAAAUUUAAAGUGAAAGUCAUCUGCACUUCUUAUAUUUAUUCUCUGGUUUUGAAGUUCAGAGACAAAUAAUCAUCUGGUUUUUAUUAUGAAGUAGCUUGGGAGCUAAGCAGCUUUUAGGGGAUAUUUUUGAGGAGCAAGGAGUUUGGGAAAUAUAUCCUUGGUCCAAUUCAUUAUGCUAUUUAUUUGAGAGACUGGCCAUUAGAAGGAAUGCCAAAUGGUCUGAUUUUUUACAGACUAUGGUGGUGUCUAUAGGUGGGACUUUCAUGGGUCAGAGUCCACAUUCUUUUUGCAAGCCGUGGUGCCUUUAGGUUGGUUGAUUUGGUAGUCAUGGGUGGGUCUCCACUCACUAUGUAGAUCUCUCCGGACCUCACAAUGGGGCGGUUUCCAUGCACCAAACUUCUUUUGUUUGGUGGUGAAUGUAAAUAGAUUACAGUACCGGGGUUCUUAAUUAGAAAGCAUCGUGUUUGUUGCUAUUGUUUCAUUUCCUUUCGGCAGACUAAUGACGAUUUCUAAUCCUCCCUUUUGGUCCCCUCAACGAAUAAGUUAUUGAAGCAAGUGAAAACAAAACAAUUCAGAACAGGAUCAGAUGCGAUGUUCUUCACUUCGGAAUUUUUCUAAUGCUCAGAAGCUUCCCUGAAAGCUUGAGGCGAAGGAAAUGACAUCAUGAUUUCUUUACAAGGGAGUGCUCAAUCUCAGUUCGGAAUGUCUAAUCAUUCCCUCCCAGAUAUAUGUUUUUUGGGUCUUUCACCAUUUAAAGGAGCUAAUUGAUUUACUUCUAGAACUACUACGGCAAAUGAUGUUAUCAUUAGUUGAGAAUUAGCUGAUCUUGUUGAAUUAUGGUGCAGCUUAAAUCUAGUACAGUUUGGAGGCAAUGAUUGAAGGAAGUUUGGUCAGCUUGUUGGACCAGUUUUGCAACCUGUGACAACCUGUUUGGAAAUCAAUUGGACAGCUGAACCAAGAUGGAGUGACCUUUUGCUGGCUGUUAUUGACUGCUUCAGAAGCUGAAACAAAGCUAGAGAAACCUGCAUGCGUCAGUCGAAUGAUUUCAAUCUGAAGCUGCAACUGAAAAUGCCUGAGAGCUUUCAACCUGUUGGAUCAGAGAAGUUAACUUGCUGCAGCCAGUUGAGUUUUAACUGGACAAAACAAAAUAGUUCACAGUAACCCGAGACAGCCAGUAAAACUGCAGUUGAAGCUUUGAAGAUGGAAUGGUCACUUGACCUGUUUUACCCGUUACUUGAGUUAUUUGUAAAUAUAGUUAGGAUUAGUUUUAGAUCAGUUUUGGCAAUCAUUAGAUUUCUGACUAAUCAUUUUCCAGUUUCAUUUUCAUUUUAGACUAUAUAAAGGUUUGACUGGCUAUUCAGAAACUUGUUUACAAUAUUGUGUACAAUAGUAAGUAGUAGUAGGUUGUUAAUAGUUCUAAGUAGUUUAGAAGUUCUGAGGAGCAGCGGCUGCACUCUUGUGGUGCGUUCCAACUUCUCCCUCGUCUUGCUGUUCCAAGUUCUGCAAUCAAUAAAAUUCCAGAUUUUUCUUUCUU